AUAGCGCCAAGCACCCAAAAAAGGGCAGUUGCUCGGGGUCCUCAGCUCCUUUUGGAAGGGAGUACCUAAGGGAUAGAGCGCGGUGGGGACGCAGCACGUUGGGAAUCUAGCAGCAACAACGCGGAGACAGCAUCGUACAGAGCACCAAACCGGACUCAAAGUGACCUUGGAGACCAAGAGAUGUGAUUCGAAGUCAGUUGGUGUGUUGGCAACUCCAGGCUAGAGGUUUAGAAAACACAACGGGCUCUCUCAGAAGCCAGAAGAGAGCGUCAGAUCCUAGAGCUGGAUUCACAGUUGGUUGUGAGGGGCUGAUGUGGAUGCCGGGAACCAAAUCCAGGUCCUCUGUAAGAGCAGCAGGUGAAGCACAGAAUCCUCCAUCAUGUCGGAUGGAGAUUAUGAUUACCUCAUCAAGUUUUUGGCCUUGGGAGACUCUGGAGUAGGGAAGACCAGUGUACUUUACCAGUAUACUGAUGGGAAGUUCAACUCCAAAUUCAUCACCACAGUGGGCAUUGAUUUCAGGGAAAAGAGAGUGGUGUACAGAGCUAAUGGACCAGAUGGAGCUGUGGGCCGAGGCCAGAGGAUCCACCUGCAGUUAUGGGACACAGCAGGGCAGGAGAGGUUUCGUAGCUUGACAACUGCAUUCUUCAGGGACGCUAUGGGUUUCCUGCUUCUGUUCGACCUGACAAAUGAGCAAAGUUUCCUCAAUGUCCGAAACUGGAUAAGCCAGCUACAGAUGCACGCAUACUGCGAAAAUCCAGAUAUAGUGCUGUGUGGAAAUAAGAGUGACCUGGAAGACCAGAGGGCUGUGAAGGCGGAGGAAGCCAGGGAACUCGCCGAGAAGUAUGGAAUCCCCUAUUUUGAAACCAGUGCUGCCAACGGGACAAACAUAAGCCAAGCAAUUGAGAUGCUCCUGGACCUGAUCAUGAAGCGGAUGGAGCGGUGUGUGGACAAGUCCUGGAUUCCAGAGGGAGUGGUACGGUCCAAUGGCCAUACCUCUGCAGAUCAACUCAAUGAGGAGAAGGAGAAGGGCUUAUGCGGCUGCUGAGACACCCAGUGAGCGCCUGGGAAGCAGCGCAUAUCGCCCCUGCCUGCCAGCUCUUCUGUAGAGAUCAAGCUGGCAGGGGGAGAUGAGCAAACAGCACAUCAUAUGCCAAGUGUGCCUCCUCAUCUCCAGUAGGAUUGACUCAGCAUCCAUUUGUAACUCUUGCAGCUUUAUAUGAUUUAGUCCAUGAAUUGGGGGAACUGUUUCACAGAGCCAAAAGUGUCUUAUAAAAGCCCAUGGUGGCAGGUCAUUUAGGGAUCCAAGAUUUGAGCCAUGAAAAAUUUCACCUGUUAUGUAGAAUGCUGAUGGUCCUGUCACCUACCUCAAUAUAGACAGCCCUAGAGUCUCAUUGAAGACAUUAAAAUGUUCGAGCAAUGAAAAACUA